AAAGCGGGAAACAGCCAAGAAGUUCCAGCUGUCAAUGGGAACGGGCAUGUGGUAAAGGCCAAAUCCACAAAUAAAAUGGACAAUGGUUCUGCCAAAGACAAUCCUCCUUUGGCUAAGCCAAAAUCCAAGAAGGUUGCAAUGGAUAAGAAUUUAAAUGGCACCAAAAGCGAUGGAAAAGGCUGCAAAGAAAAAAAGAAAAAUGGCAAUAUUCUAAAGGAGAACGGGGAUAUAAAACAUAAGAGGAGGAAAGCUGAAGAACGUGCGGAGCAGCAACCCAAAGAGGCUGAAAUCUGGUUUGAUGACGUUGAUCCAAAAGAUAUUGAAGCAGCAAUAGGACCUGAAGCAGCAAAAAUUGCUAGAAGAAAUCUGGGACUUGAAACAGGCCAAUCCAACCAGUCUGUGGAACAGGUGCUGGUUAAAGAAAAGGCUUCUGAAGGGCUGACACGAGCUGUAGCCAUGGACUGUGAGAUGGUGGGAGUGGGACCCAAGGGUGAAGACAGUAUUGUGGCUCGUGUGUCCAUCGUGAACCAAUUUGGAAAGUGCAUUUAUGACAAGUAUGUCAAGCCUACAGAAGAGGUGACUGAUUACAGAACGGCUGUUAGCGGCAUACGCCCUGAGAAUAUAAAUACAGGUGAAGAUUUUAGAACGGUUCAGAAGGAGGUCGCUGACAUCUUGAAUGGGAGGAUUUUAGUUGGACAUGCUUUACGCAAUGAUCUAAAGGUCCUAUUUCUUGAUCAUCCUCAGAAGAAGAUACGCGACACACAAAAAUACAAGCCUUUCAGACAGAGAGUCAAGAAUGCACGGCCAUCAUUGAAACUGCUCUGUGAGAGACUGCUGAAUGUUCAAGUGCAGACAUCAGAGCACUGCUCGAUUCAGGAUGCACAAGCAGCUAUGAGACUGUACACCUUAGAGAAAAAGAAAUGGGAAGCUGCUGUUAAGAACAAAUCUAACAACAAAAAUUGUAAAACUUGAAUGAUUCUACCCUGUGUUUUUAUCU